AUGUUUAAUAAUUUGAAGAAUUUUUGGGAUAAGUUGGGUUUUCAUUGUGUUGGUAUUGAGGAAGCAGUAGGACACAUGGGUGGCAUUUGGUUUCUAUCUUCUAUUGCUAAUACUUCUUGUGUGGUUAUUGAUCAAAUUGACCAAUGCCAUAAUGGACCAUGGAUGGCUGUUGGUGAUUUUAAUGAGAUUGUAGCACCAGAUGAGAGUACAGGUGCUUAUUUUUCUUCUCACAGAGCUAGUCUAUUAGCUACUACUCUAGAUGACUAUGAGCUCUUUGAUCUUAAAGUGACUGUUUGUUGUCAUAGUAGCCCCAGAGUGAAAGGUUCUCGUCCUUUUAGGUUCCAAGCUGCGUGGGCAACACAUCCUUCUUAUAAACAUGUUAUUAGUAAGGCUUGGAAUCAAGAGUUUGGAGGCGUUACUGAAAGGCUUAAGAUGGUUCAACAGGCUUCUUUGGACUUCAACUCAAAGAUUUUUGAAAAUAUUUUUGUGCGAAAAAAUAAGCUGGAAUAUCAGAUUGAUCAGAUUCAACGGCGUUUGGAGGUUACCGAUGUGUUAUCUCUGAGAAUUAAAGAAGCUGAACUGAGGGAAGAUUACAAUAGGCUUUUAUUGCAAGAGGAACUUUUUUGGUACCAGAAAUCUAGAGAGCAGUGGGUCAAAAACCAUAAUAGAGUACAUGGAUUAUAUGUUAGAGAUGGGUCUUGGUCUACUGAUCCAGAUAUUCUCCAGGAAGAAGCCCUCUCUUUUUACAAGAAUCUCUUUGGUACAACGGAAGAGGUUGAGGUUGAUUGUUUAGGGGAUGUUCCGAUGCCCACUCUAAGCACUGAGACUUGUGCUAGGUUAAUUGACCCUGUCUCUUUUGUGGAAGUCAAGUCAGCAGUAUUUAGUAUGAGCCCUUUUAAGGCUCCUGGUCCAGAUGGCUUUCAAGCUUAUUUUCUUAAAGAAUAUUGGGAGACAGUAGGCACUGAGAUUUGGAAUAUUGUCCGGAGCGCUUUUUUGGGAGAGUUCUUAAUUCCUAGUAUCAUGGAAACUCUGAUUGUGCUUAUUCCUAAAAUUGAUAACCCUACCUUUAUGAAGGAUUUCAGGCCUAUUAGCUUGUGUAAUGUUGUUUAUAAAUUAUCACCAAAGGUGGAUUGGAGGUUUUUGGAGAGUACUCUCAUUGCUUUUGGUUUUCCUAUCAUCACUGUUAAUUUGAUUAUGAAUUGUGUCCGUGCAUCAUCUCUUUCUAUUAUGUGGAAUGGGAAUAGAUUGGAUAGUUUUGCUCCUAGAAGGGGGCUUAGACAGGGCGAUCCAAUGUCUCCUUACUUAUUUGUGCUUUGUAUGGAAAGACUUGCUUGCUAUAUAUCUCAUAAGGCUACAAAGAGUCAGGUUCAAAUGGUCAUGCAUUCUCUUAACAUUUUUUGUAAGGCAUCUGGCAUGAAAGUGAAUCUUGAAAAGUCUAAAGCUUUUUGUUCUAAAAAUGUGACUGCUCGUAGAAGAGAUAUUUUUACUAGUGUUUCUUCAAUACGUUUUGCUUUGGACUUAGGAAAAUAUCUUGGAGUUAACCUUAAUCAUUCCCGUACCAGUAGGGCUUCUUUUCAUUCGGUUAUUGAAAAGGUAUCUUUUUUUUCAAAUUGGGUUUGCGAUAAAUUGUCUUCUAUGAUGAGACAGUUCCUUUGGAAGGGUCAAGUUGAUGGUAGAGGUCUUUCUCUUGUUAAUUGGAGGACCGUGAUCACUCCAAAGAAAUUUGGUGGCCUGGGUGUUAGAGAUCCUGCGUGUGUUAAUAUAUCUUUACUUGGUAAAUUGGUUUGGCAACUUUUUAAUUGCCAGGACAAGCCUUGGGUUACUCUAUUGAGAGCGAAGUAUCUGAGGAAUGAGGGAGUUUUAGAUGGCCAUGUCCCUUGCAAUGCUUCUCAUGUUUGGAAGAGUAUCUCAAAGGCUUUUGGUGCUCUUAAGGAUGCCUUCUCUUGGUGUAUUUGGUCACUUGAUCAAUCCUUUUGGUUUGAUAAUUGGAGUAUUGAGGGCCCAAUUGCUCAAGAUGUCCCUUUUGUACAUAUAUCUGACUCUGAUUUAACUAUUAGAGACGUUUGGAAAGAUGGUCAAUGGAAUCUCCAUGAUAUCUUCUCUAUCAUUCCAGAAGAUGUCAAACAGCGUUUGAAUGCUUAUAAUCCGGAUUUGAAUGCUGGAGAGAGUUCGGGUUGGUUGUGGGAUGUGGCAUCUUCUAGACUCCACUCAGUUAGGAGUGGUCUUCAUAAUGCUAUUCCUACGGCAGAGUUUCGUUUGGGUCGUGGUUUAGCUUUAUCUAGCACCUGUCAUCGAUGUCAGAAUGGUUCUGAAUCCAUUCUUCAUUGUCUUCAGGAGUGCCCUAGUGCCAAGGAGGUCUGGAACCUUUUAGGCCUAUAUUCAGAUAACUCGAAUUUACAUGACUGGCUCUACAGAGGUGCAAAGAGUGAAGAUGUUUUUCUUUUCUUUUCGACCAUCUGGUGGAUUUGGAGAAGCAGGAAUCAGGACUUAUUUAGUAUAAAUGAUUCAUGGAGUGCUAGUAAAGUGGUGAGUUUGAUUCGUAGUUCAGUAAGGGAGUUUCACACUAUUUUUGAUAUGCAUCAAUCUUUGUCUCCUCCUUCACUUUGUUCGCAUUGGGUUCCACCUCCAGUUCAUUCUGUUAAAUUGAAUUGUGAUGCUAGUUGGUUUGCUUUUUUUGGCUAUGCUGGUUUUGGUUGUAUCAUUCGCAAUCCUGAUGGAUGUUGGUUGAAAGGUUGCACUGGGAAAGUCGAAGUGUGCAGUGUUCUUUUUGCUGAAUUAAUGCUUGGUAAGGAUAUUCCGGAAUGGGAUUUGGCAAAGCAUAUACAGGAGGUUAUGAAUUGGAAUUGGAGAGUCUCUAUUCUUUUAAUUCAGAGGACUGGAAAUAGUGUUGCAUAUUGUAUGGCUAAAGCAGCUGCUUCUGUUCCUAAUAGUCUAAAUGGAGAAGAGUCUGAUUCAGAAGACGAUUUAAAUGAUAUCUCCUCUGUUGAAAUUGAUAGAUCCAUGCAGUUUGAUCUCAAUAAGGUUCCGGAAGAAGACAAUGAAACUUUAGAAGACUAA